UUAUAGCCGAGAUGUAACAUGAAGUAACCUCAUUUUUUGUUUUGACAGUUUUGACAAAGACAGCAGAUUUAGAAGUGGGGUUAUUUUGAUGUUUUUUAAACAGGAAGUUUUUUUAUUUACUUACUUCCAUUAGUACUUGUGAUAAUAGUUUAAAUAAUAAUAUUUUAGAUACCCUCCAAUAUCGGUAAUUACCACCUCUAAGCCAUUACUGCCCUUGGUCUUUAAUGAAUAUAUUGACCACUAGGAGAGAAAAACAGCUUAACAACCUCUCGACAAACUAAAUAAUCGUACUGUAAUAUUCCGGACCCCUGCACCCUGCAAAGCGAUGAGUAAUUUUUAUUUUUCUUCUAAAAUGAAAUUACGUUUACACAAAUUACGGAAAAAGUCAACAUUCUUAAAAAGUGGAGAGUCGCAAAAAAUGUUAAAAAAUGUUAUCAAACGUCGUCCGGUCAUUCGAUACGAUUUCAAUAGUGUCGAGCGAUCCAGACAAAAACGACUCCAAGGCCACACGUGUGUUUCUUCGAAAUGCACAAAUUCUCCAUUGUAAAUUUUAUUUAAAUUGUAUUAAUUUUUGUUAAUAUUAGAAAGACCUGGUUCAAAUUUGUAAUAAAUGUAAAUCGUUGCAAAUUAUUGUCGUCAGCGGAUCAGCAACGUCUGGGUCAAAAGUCAGUUUAGGUAAUUUUAAUUAGCUUAAUAACAAGUUCAUUUUGUUGUAAACUGAACUUGGCUCUUUUGGUUGUUUGAAUUAUUAACAAAAUCGGGAUUUGUCAAAGGUUUAGAGUAGGGGAAGAGUAGUACCGGAGAGGGAUUGCGAGAGAGAGAAAAAAAGGGACUAGUCGAUUUUCGGGGGGACUUCGAUUCGAGAGAGUGGAGAGUUAAGACGUAAUUUCGCAUUUGUCACAAUUUUCCAUUUUCCUAGUGAAAGUGUCCAAAUCAUAAGCAACAUGCAACACCCAAAGCUGCAGUUUUUUCUCCCAAAGAAGAAUUGGAAGAAUGUAAUCUAGGCUUCGCUUUCUCUAAUAAAAGACGGCUUCGUCUAAAGCAUUAACUCCUUGAUCUCCUCUUGCAAGCCGUUUUGUUAAUUUUGUUCCUGGACCACAAUAAUUAUAACCAGGAAUAUGAAGUUCAAUGGGUAGCUUGUUUAUCACCGAAUUUAGAACACCUCGGCGACAUUUACAACUCGAAGAAGCAUUGACGAUUUAAUGUGGAAAAGAACAGCCGAAGAAACGAAUCUAACCACGACCCAAAAAAGUAAACCAACAACGAGUAAUAUCAAUAGUAUCAUUGACGACAUUUGGGGACAAUCUGAUGAGAAAAUAGAAUCAAAUAUCACUACAAACAGUGAAGUGAAUCAAAUGGGUUCUCAAAAUAACAUUACAACAAUCACGUCAUGUACUUGUACCCUUUAUUAUCUCUGCAAAGAUGAUUCUGGGGAUACUUUUGGUGGUAUAAGCAUAAAUGAAUGUAACUCAUAUCUGGAAAAAUGUUGUAAACACGACCAAAUAAUCAAACCACCCGAAGCCCCCACAASCCGUCCAGAUAAAUCGAAUAAGCCUUGUGGCUAUCGCAACACCAACGGAGUGGGUUUCAAAAACCAAAACGUCAAACAUAACGAAGCAGAAUACGGYGAGUUCUCUUGGACGGUAGCUAUUUUCAAAUUACAAAAUAACACUACAUAUGAAUGCGGAGGAACCCUUAUCAAUCCACAAGUAGUCGUCACUGCAGCCCACUGUGUUCAAAACACCAAACACAAAUACAAAAUUCGUGCAGGCGAAUGGGACACUCAAACUGAAUACGAACAAUACCCCCACCAAGAACGAAAUGUUGCGUCAAUAACCAUCCACCCAAAAUUUAACCCUAAACUUUUAUUCAACAACAUUGCUCUUUUAUUUCUGGAGCAACCCAUUGAGAUAGCACCUCAUAUAAAUGUGGUGUGUUUACCGCCCCAGAAUGCGARUUUUACGAGCAAAAACUGUCUCGCGACUGGAUGGGGACAAGGUGAUUUCGAGAAAAAGGACCAAAAUCAAGUUUUUAUGAAAAAAGUUGAAUUACCAAUGGUAACGAGGAGGCGAUGCGAGGAUGAUMUGAGGAGAACAAAACUGGGAAGAUUUUUUAAAUUGCACGAUAGCUUUGUAUGUGCUGGAGGUGAGGAAGGAAAUGACACAUGUAAAGGAGACGGGGGGAGUCCUUUAGUUUGUCCCAUUGAAGGAGAAAUGGAUAGAUAUUUUUACGUUGGUAUAGUGUCUUGGGGAAUAGGAUGUGGGCAAAAUAACAUUCCAGGSGUUUACGUCAAUGUUGCGUUGUUUAGCAAUUGGAUAAAUCAAGAGUUGUUGCYAAGAAAUUUAGAUAUAAGCUUGUGAAAGUUUUAUUUUAGUUCAAUAAAAAAAUCAAAUCAACUACAUUUCAUAAAAAAAAUAUAAAUCUAAGAUCAUUCUAACUAUUUUCAAAUGGUGGAACGUAAUCAUCGGCCAUACUGAAGAGAAACCCUAAAAAGUAUGCAUAAAUGAGACUAAUCACGUUUCCACAUUACACUAUGUAAAUUAGAUGUUAGUUAUACGGAGUGGUUCUCAAACUAUAGGCAAAAUUUUAUGUUGCCAAUUUUUCUAUUAAAAACUGGUUUUAUUAAACUAUAAUUUUUUUUUUCUGGCAAAAAUUAAACGUCAAAGUUUGUUUAAUACUAUAACUUCAGUCUGCAAUAAAGACCUUAAAAAAGACUUUAGUAUUUGUUAUAAAAAGCACGAGUGUUUCACAGCUUUGGUAUAAUAUUAGUAAAAAUCGGAAUAUUAUUUCGGGUAAAUCAAAAGUUCAAAUCUCCAGCCGACUUCGGACAAAAAAGUUAUUUUAAAACUUACUUGGAGGCAAAACAACAUCAUCCUGUAAGUUAUUGUUUUCACAUUUCAAAAGAUUCUUCCGUAUAUCUCAAAUUGUCACAGUUUUCUUUAUAAUAUUUCUCAAAUUUAAAAAAAUGAUUUUGUAUCGUUUUAUUUCGUUCAAUGUGAACAAUAUGCACCAGCUAAAAUGUAACGACAUUAACUAAAAACAAAAAAUCAACGACUUACAUCUGCCAUUAGAAAAUUGGUCCAAUGAACAAUUGCGUCAACAAGAGAUAUACUAAUAUGUUGUUGAAUAUUGACAAAGUCAUUGAAAAACAAUAAUUUUAAUAAAAGUUCAGUUCCUUGUGUAAUCUCUUUGUGGUAUUCCUAAACAGAAGAAGAAAGUAAAUUUUAAAAACUUAAAAGUAGUAAGUACUUACAACGUAUGAACUUUUUUCAGAAUAUUCGGUUUUCUGUAAUAAAUAUUUCGAGAUGUAUCCUAAAACUUUCUUGUAAUAGUUUUCACCAAAUUCCUCAUCGUUUGAAUUCGAAGCUAUCAACUUAAAAAUAAAAAUCGAAUCCUUCAUCAUCUUCCAAAAACCUUCGUCAAGCUUAAUUACUCCUUUCAUCAUUUUUUCUAAAAAAAAACACAACUAAAAAUAUAAAGUCAUUCAAGAAUCUUACCUAAAAUUUGUGUUGAAAUAAUUUGGAUUAUAUUAAACCUAGUUUUAACUGGAAAACUUGUAAACAACAACGUGUAGAUCUUUCGUCUAUUUGAAACAUUCCUUGCGACAAGUUCAAUCAAUUCGUAUCCAUUUUUGCUCAAUUUAUAACUGUUAUGUUUCUGAAAAUUUAGCGAUUACAUUUUAUGUGACCUCAACCCUCAUUAUCUUACUCUGUAACCGUUAAUAUGCACAAUCAAAGGCACAAAAUACCUCGCAGUAACGGGCGCAUUCGAUACGAAAAAAAACUCAUUCAAAAGUUGCUUCAAAUAAUCGCUUAAAUCCACAUCUCGGUCGCCCAAAAUCGCCGUAAAAACCAAAAACUGUUCCAAAUCCAACUUCAAAUAAUCGUCUCGUAUCAAUCUAUCGAUUUUCUUCAAACAAGUUUUUUUGAAUACAAUAUCGCCGUAAACAAGCUGCUUGAACAUGUAGCGUAUCAAAUCAUCAAAGUUGUGGGUCACUCUGUAUAAUAUUUUUUUAAUAAAAAUUAUGUAUUGUCAUUUAUUACCUACAGGUUGCAUAGGUCAAAUGUCAUAUUAAGCGAUGCUAAUUUGACUACCAUCACUGACGAAUUUAAACCACUCUGGAGAUACUCCAUACAAGAUUCAACCAAAUUAGUCCUAAUUACGGAAAUGUUUGUGUAGAGGAGUAAACAGCCAAUCCAGAGUUUUGGAUUAAAUUCCGGGGAUCCUGAGAAUAAGUUAAAUAAAUAAAUAAAAAAAAAAUAGAUAGACUACGCAACGUAAACAAAAUUUCCUCUUUUCUAAAUCCACUGAUUUCAUUUAAUUUUUAUUACUUUAACAAACUAUUGUAAAUUCACGUUAACGUGAAAGAAAAGACAUCCAAGAAACUUACACUCUACUUACUCUGGUGUAUUUCAUUACUGCACAACUGCAAAAAAUCAGUAACAGCUUUAAGAUUAAUGUCAUUGGGUAUAACUUUACUGAAGAUUACCAGCUGAGAGAAAUAUAGUAAAGGAAGAAAGCUGCCUCUGCUUCGUAAAGUCAAAGCUAAACUUUUAUCAUAUUGCUAAAAAGAAAAAUUAAAUAAAAUCGACUUAAAACUAAAAGUAAAAAUACUUCUUUUAAUGUAAGAAAAUCUUCAUUAAGGUUCGUAAAUUCUUCAAGAGUUUUCAACAAUGCAAAAGCAUUAGCGACACAAUCCCACCGAAAACUUUGUCUGAGUAGAUGAUGUUUAAUAAAACAAACCAUAAUUUCGUUACACCUUAAAUUCGAAUUUAAUCUCAUUAAAUCUGUAUUAUUCUUGAAUAUUUUGUUGUAAAUGUAAAACAAGUAAUUCAAAUCGGAACUGUUACAAAUCAUCAUAAAAUGAUUGUGAAUAUGAUCAGCAAUUUGCGACAACUCCUUAUAUUCGGUCAAGUGAACAAUCACACAAAGCAAUUUUAAAUUACAUUUUCUGAUAGUUGAAAGAUUUUCCAUGUUCCUGCUUAUAUGCUCCUUUCUGUAAGAAACAAUCAAAAAAAGUCUAAAUAAUCCAACACUUACUUAAUCAGCCCUAAGGUGUGACAUUUUUGAAAAAAUUCUGAAAAAUUAAAAUCAUCGGAUAUGAUUGGGUCUAUGAAAAGUUCCGGUGUUUGUGAUAUUCCUUUACAUAUGUUUGGGUAUAUCAUCGCCAUAUAUAGAUGCUGAGAACAAAAAAAGUUUURUUUAAAAAAUAAUUCUCAUUUUAGGAGUAAAUUACCUUAACAAAUUCGGUUGAUGAUGCCAUUGGAUGUAGUGCCAUUUUAAAAAUCACUUUCAAGACUUGAAGAGCGCUAUAUAUGUACUUUUUUUCGUUCAGUUUUAAGUAAGUUUCUGACAACAGUGAUAUAAAAGGUUUUAGGUCAAAGGGAGAACAUCCUUCUGUUAAGUAUUCUAAAACCUAUAAAAAAACAACAGAUUUUUCCCAAUUUAUUCAUAAUAAUAAUACAAAUACAUGCCUCUCUAUAAAUCUGUGGAUGAUCUUCCUCGCUAAACAACAUUAUAGAAAGGAAUAUAACAAAUAAAUGUUUAUUUUUUGAGCGGUUACUCCAUUUUUUAUUCAUUAAACUUUGUAWACCUCGGAUUAUCGUAACUGUACUCAUUGUUUGGUSGCUGCUAGCAUUYAAAAUUGCCUAAAACUCAAACUAGAACACAAUUCACAAAUAGGUACUUUGAAAAAUACUUUCACAGGUGCUUCAACAUAUUCUUUACUCAAAUCAGGCGACAUCAAAAUUUCAGCUAAGGAUUCAACAGCUGCAUUCGAAAUUUCCGAUUUGUUUGAAAUACAAUUGAGUAAAAUAUUUUUGAGUAAAAUUUCAUUGGUGACUUUAACUUUAUCAAUAGACACGUGCUUGGGUGAGAAACAAAUAAUUGCAAGAGAAAAUUUGAACAAAUUUUUGUGAACUGUUUUUGAUAUCAUCAUUUUAUUUAAAAUGUCAAUCAAAGUGCGGUAAUGUUUCUCUUUUAAACUGUUCAUAAUGCAAACAGCUUCCUGAAACAACAUGAUUUAAAAGUAAUAGGUACUGAAAAAAAAGUGAAUAAUUACGCCAUAGAAAGUAAAAUCUGGAUGUUUCCAUAUGUGGAUAAACGCGUUUAGAAAAGUUUUAUAAUGAUCUUSUUUGAAUUUAGGAUGUAAACUUUUAAGCAAAUUUCGAAAGUUGACUUGUAUAAGGUUAAAAUGACGAGGUGUGAGAUUAAUAGUGUUGUGUCUUCUUAACCCAUUGAACAAAUAUGUUGUAAUGAUAAUUUUUCUAGAUGGAAUAUUCUCUUGUUCAAACAAAACUUUUAGACUCAAUAAAGCUUCAUAUGCCACUGAUCCUGGAUUUUGCAAGACUUCAAACGUUUGAAAAGUCUCUUGAGACUUUAUAAAAAUGAUCUGGAUUAACGUUGCUAAAGUGACUUCCAAAUCACUAGCAUUAAAUUUUGCUUUAGUUAAAAAACAUCUCAGCUUGUACAUCAACCGAUUAUUUACAGAUUCAGACACUGUAGCUUCAAGAGACGACUGGAGUGUAUUUAAAGUAGCACAGUAAAGCUUGCUUUUGUAAAAAUCAUCAGUCUGAGGUGUUGUCAACAAACUUAAAUACACUUCAGAAGCAUAUAAAACGCAGCUGUAUGAAAUCAACUCGUGUGAUUGUGUAAUGCAUUGAUAUAUGAGAACCAACAGAUAAGUUUUCACUUCCUCGUCAUAUUCGUCAAGAGUUGUUAUACCAGUGAGUUUCUGUAAAGCAUCUUCCCAAAAUUGUUCCAGCAGGACUGGUAGAUGAUUGUUGAAAUCUUGGACAGCUGUCGGAUUUAUGUCAGCGUCAAAAUUUUUACCUUCUAUUUCUUCCCAUAAAUGAUUUACGUAUUCGCGACCGUUCAAUUUCUCACUUUGAUGCCGAAUCAAACUUAAAAAAUCCAUUUUUGUUAAUGUUUGUAAACAUAACUCUUAUSUGUCACGAGUGUCACGUGUCAUUAAGUCGAUAACGUAGACACCUGUAAAGAUAGAACAGAAAUCUGUAAAGAAAUAUUAUCAGUGGCGUAACACCUACAAGGAAAAUGAGAUUGUUUYUCUAUAAAUAAUAAACACUAAAAAUGUAUUGUUUAAAAAAUAUAACUAUUUAAACAUUUUUAUAUAUUGUUUUCUUACUUAUAAAUUACAGACUCCUAUUAUUAUUUCCACUUUUUUUCCUACAAAUAAAAUUAAUAUGUAAUUAUAAUUUUUGGCAUUGACAUUUUUACACAUUUUUGACAGCUACUGUAUCUGAUUUUUACAAAAUAUUUGUGCUGUUUUGCGCACGCAGUGCUGUAAAAUAGCAAAAAAAUGUUAGGCUUUCAGGGACUCCAAAAAAAAAGGAUACUUUAUGACAUAUAAAGUCCAUUAAUGCUGAAAGAAUUUACCGCACAAAUUUAUCUUUUAGUAUUCAAAAAUAAACAUAACUUAAAUUAAUCGAAAAACGGCUUCAGCCAAAAAUUUCGUAAAUACAUUAUUUGUGCGUUACGUAUUUGACAGCGUUCAGUUUUAUUAAAGCUCUCAGCUUCACUUCGAGCUUGAAUAUUAAACCUUCACGCUGUAAAAUUAUACCUACCGCACGUAUAAUGUAAAUAAUUAUUAUUCCUUCUUAUAGUUUAUUACACGUACACAAACAGAAAUAGUAGAUAAUAAAAAUGCCUCCUUGAAUCAAUCUAUCUUUGGUGCACUUUUUGAAGUUGGUUUUACACUAGUAGUAUGCGUUAGCAAAAAAUUCUAAAAAAAUUGGUAAAUUUUGUUUUGGAAAGUGUGUUUAGUGUAAUUCUGUCUUCGGCCAAAAGCUAACGACGCAACAAGAUUUUUGCCCAAUUACUCUAUUCGAUUGUUUACUACGUCUGUUUCCAAGACAGUAAGUUGUAUUUACUCAUUGCUAUCCCAAACUCGUCGGUAGGUAUUUUGUUUAUUAUUGCUAAGUCAAAAGUAUUUUGGCGUUCUAGAAUAUUUUUUAGAUAUUUUAUUAAAAAUACUAACAAAAAUCAAUCGCGCAAAUAAUGUCAUAAGCAUCACGAACGUUUUCGCUUCGCUCCUCCUCCAAACAAUUGUAAAAUGUUCUUACCUCUUGAUGCUUAAUAGACUAUAGGUAUAAAUAGUAAUACCUAUAAUAGAUACCUACUAUUUACCUAUGUAAUACCUACCUAUGUAAUAAAUAUAKUAGAGCUCAUUCCAUAUCUGGUGGCGAACUGACAGUGACA